CCGGAGAGCUCGCUCACGUGAUCGACGCAAUUACUUGUUCUGUUCCUUGUCCUCAAGUCAGAGCGGGUACGUCCAGGGGAUUCCAGGUGCACCAGCAGCUGCGCUCGGGCGCUUCGGGGCGUUGGCGGGACAAUUAAUCAGUGACAGGAAGCGACCUCUAAACAAGUGACCAGUUGCCGUCAGACAAGCCCCUCGACGCUGGUCCCAGGAGUCUCCCAGCUCCCACCUGUGCCUGCCAUGGAGCUCCUGAAGGCGCUGCUGCUCCUGUCGGGAGUCCUGGGGGCUCUAGCUGAGCUCUGUGUAAUACCACAGAUGGACAGCCAGCUGGUAGAGAGGCUGGGCCAGCGACUCUUACUUUGGAUGGAUCGGCUCUCCCUGGAACAACUGAAUCCCAGCAUCUAUGUUGGCCUGCGCCUUUCCAGCAUGCAGGCUGGGACCAAGGAGGACCUCUACCUGCACAGCCUUAAGCUCACUUACCAGCAGUGCCUCCUGGGGUCCACCUCCAGCGAUGAUCACAGUAACUGCCAGACCAAGCCUUCUGGGGGCGACCUGGCCCUCUACCUGCUUGCUCUCAGGGCCAACUGUGAGUUCAUUGGGAGCCGAAAGGGUGACAGGCUGGUCUCACAGCUCAAGUGGUUCCUGGAGGAUGAGAAGAAGGCCAUUGGGCACGAUCAUGAAGGCCAGCUCCGCACCAGCUUUUACCAGUACAGCCUCGGCAUCCUUGCGCUGUGUGUCCACCAGAAGCGGGUCCACGACAGCGUGGUGGGCAAGCUCCUGUACGCCAUUGAACACAGCUACCGUACCUCCCAGGGCUACCUCUCUGUGGACACUGAAGCCAUGGCUGGCUUGGCCUUCACCUGUUUGGAUCGCUUCAAUUUCAACCCUGAUCUGAGACCACGAAUCACCAUGGCCAUUGAGACAGUUCGAGAGAAGAUCCUGAAGGCCCAGACCUCUGAGGGCAACUUUGGAAAUGUUUAUAGCACCCCGCUGGCACUACAGUUUCUGAUGGUCUCCCCUGCACAUGGGGCAGAGCUGGGCACAGCAUGCCUCAAGGCAAGGGCAUCUCUGCUGGCCAGCCUCCAUGGUGGGGCCUUCCAGAACCCAAUGAUGAUUUCCCAGCUGCUUCCUGUCCUGAACCACAAGACCUACCUGGAUCUUAUCUCUCCAGACUGCCAGGCGCCCAGGGUCAUGUUGGUUCCAGCUGUUGAGGACCCUGCAUCAGUCUACACCCCAGAGGUCAUCAGUGUCACGCUGGAGGUCUCCAGUGUCCUGCCACGAUACAAACAUACAUUUUUUGUCCUUGCUGGGUCCACCUUGGAAGAUGUCCUGAAGAUGGCUCAAGACGUAGGAAGAUUCACGUAUGGGACACAGGCCUCCUUGUCAGGCCCCUACCUGACAUCUGUUCUGGGGAAAGAAGUUGGGGAGCGAGAAUUCUGGCAGAUUCUUCGAGCCCCUGACACCCCACUGCUGCAAGGCAUUGCUGACUACAAACCAGCCGAUGGGGAAACCAUUAUGUUUCAACUAGUUAGAUGGUAGCCCCGGGGAUGUCCUUGGACCCGGCUGCCACCUCAAAUGCAUCGUCCCCCAGAUCACCUCAGCUGUCUCCACAGAGAGGACCCUAAGCUACAGCCCACCUGAGAGCAGGAAGUAAAAAAAAACAAACCAAAACCAAACCUCUCCUAGGGAGGCUGCUAGUCUGAGUCUGGCUCUGCCUGACUCCACAGGCCUUUUGUGAAGGCUGCCCUAUGAUCUGAAGAACCAGCUGCCCUUGACCUCUGCGUAAGGAAGUCUGGCUGUGGGUGUUGUGAAUAUGGCUGCUCUGGGACUUGGGUCCUGCAAGAAGGACCUCCAUGGCCCAGGGACUGUGGCUCUGACCCCACACCCACACCCCCCAUUAUCAGGGUGCUGGUCCCAGAGCUGGGCAUGAGGCAGCUGGUGGCCAGGCCUCAGCUGGGCCUUCCAACACAAUUAAAGCCCUGAUUUCCCUUA